AUGAGGGCUGGCGGAGUUUCUUGCGCGCUACUUCUCACGUUAAUGCUGCUGUGGACGUCCGAAGUUGGAUUUGCGGCAGAGGACCGGCAGAUCAAGCCCUUCAGGGGGGAGGACGUCUCGGCCACGGCUGCGGACAUGGUGAGCGCAGGAGGCGAAGAGGAUGCUGAGGGCGAGCUCGCGGGAGGGUUCGCCUCUCUGGAUGGGAUGCUGCAGUGGGCAAUCAGUAUGUCUUUCUUCUUUGUUGUCUUCACCUAAUUAUAAUUACGGCAGCGUUUUUAUAUUACCGUCCGUCGUCUGGUUUAUCUUCAAAAUUCUCAGGGAAAAAGCAAUUUUGGGAAUCCCGAACAAAAUCUCAUCCUUGUAGUAGCACUGUGGAGGCCACAUUUUGUCCUUAUAUGUAGAUUGGAUCUUGAAAACUACGAAUUUGUCGAAUCUUGCCAUAGCUCAUCCUGUCGUUCGGGUAUCUUUAAUAAAACAUUUUCCUAAUCACCCCUUUAUUAGUACUUUUAGAAAAUAAUCUUUGAGUCUUCGUACUACUUUCCCUCCAGAUCAAUUGGUUUUGAGGCAGUUCUGAUCAAGAUCCGAAAAGCACAGACUUUGACAACCCAGUCAUCAAAUAAUGUUUCUUUUGAUCCAAAAUUCACUAACUGGGCAUUGCUUUUGCCGAAUUAUCCAUUUGGGAAGAUAUCCUUUGGAGUCACAUGCAUUGAUCCCACCUUCGAUCAUCAUGUUGACCCAACGUUCUCUAGGCAUUCCAGAGCGCCUUACUCUCCCUCAUUAUUUCCCUCUGUUGAUGUUUUUUAGUAAAUGAUCGAAGGACAGAGGACUCCCUUAUGUAUGUGUCGUCUACACUUGUGAACCUGAUGAAAUUGGUCGCAUACCCCACUUUUUACUUAAAAGGGGUAGGGUUGAGUGCACCAUGGGUAUUUUGUCACUGGUCUGUUACAGCUAAACUAUUCAGUUCAUCCCAUUGACCCUUUUCUUCUCUACACUGUUUGUGUACAUUUCAGAGCUCCAAUUUUUUUCAAACAACACUCUACAUAUUCUUUGAUUUUUCCAUUCCGCUUUAGAUAUCUACAUGCGAUUUUUGUAAACACUUCGAUUUUCGUGCCAAGGAACAAAAUAAUGUUGGCCCAGCUUCGAUUUGAAUCCGUUGAUUCGGGUGACAAUUGAUUAAGCUCUAAAAUGAUACCCCGUUUCCUUGGUACUAAAAGAAAUAUCAUAUUAUGUGGGUUUGUAUAAUUUCUCCAUUUCAAAUUUUUCACGUUUCUAUCAGUUGAGCCAUGGAAAAUGUAAGUUCCUACACUGUUGCAGUAUACUCAGUGUUUCCGUGGAUUUUAUGACCGUCCUUUCCACCCUUGGCUUGAUGAAUCAGGUCAUUCCGAUCCAGUGAAGUUAAAGGAGAAAGCAAGCAACGUUCAACAAAUGUCUGUAGAUGAGCUGAAGCGCCGCCAACUAGAAAUAAAGGUCUUUCCUCAAUAUUACUUAGAGCCCAUUCUGUUUUCAUCCUGGAUGUCAUAAAAGAAUGUAACACCUGUUUCACUAACUUCGUGAGUUUUCUUCCUUGGAUUGUGACAACACAGGAGCUGGUGGAGAAGCUCAAGGUCCCAUCGGACGCAGAGUUGAUGAGAAGAGCUAUUAACGAGUUAAAUAACUCUUCGAUUUCCUUGGAAGAUCGUCAGCAUGCAUUGGAUGAACUGUUGGUUCUUGUUGAGCCGAUUGACAAUGCAAACGGUGUGCUUCUCUCUCGCCUGUUUCUGUAGGGUUAAAUUUUUUUUACAUGCCGAUAUAUAUAUGGUCAAUAGUAACAGAAUCUGAUGUCUAGGGCAUUAGCAAUGAAUAGAACUGAGGGAACUUGUUUGAUUCUUCUUAUUUUGGGUAUUUUUUAGGAUUAUGUUUGUCCAUGUAAGCAUGAUCCCGGACUGAUUCCCUGUCACCCACUUUUUCAUCAUUCGGAUGGAAUAUCCAUGUCUGCUUUGAACGUUUCCCCAGCUCUGUUGAUGAAUAUUAUUGUGCUCUGUUUUGAUCUUUGUUCUUGUUUCUGUUGUAUUCUUCCCCAACUAAGAAAAUAAUUUUUCCUUCCCUCUAGAUUUCUGCAAACUUAGCGGUAUAGCUGCUGUUGUCCGGGAACUUGGUAGUGCCAACUCCAAGAUAAGGUUAACUUCUGCAUGGGUUCUUGGAAAAGCAAGCCAGAACAAUCCACUUGUUCAGAAUCAGGUCACAUUCUUGAGUAGAUCUGAUUUUCUAAAGCAACCCAAUGUAUUUUUUGAUUAAUUUUCUGAAUCAGUGCGUCCAAAGUCUUCUCAGGUCCUUUCUUCUGAUGCCCUGAAAACAUUACUGGAAAUGGCGCGAUCUGGUGUCUCUGAGGAGGGGGUAAAGGCAUUGUAUGCCAUCUCCUCCCUGGUUAGGAACAACGAUCAGGGUCUGGAGCUGUUUAUCGCGGAGCAGGGAGGUUUGAUGCUUCAGGUUGUACAGAAUGUGGGCUGAACCUUUUUUCUCAUGCAAAAGUCUUUGAGAUUUCUGAUUGACUAAGUUGGAUUUAUGCUUUCUAGGACGUCAUGAGCAACCCCAGUGUCGAUAUCAGGCUCCGGAAGAAGGCAGUUCUUCUUGUUGCCGACAUGGCAGACCGCCAGCUAGAAAAUCCAGACUCCAAGAGGCCAUCCCUCUUCAGAAGCUGCCAGCUCCUGAAAUCAGUUGUCGAUCUUACCUCAUCCACCACCGACCUUGAUCUCCAAGAGAAGGUAAUUCUUUUUUUUUUUCUUUGUAUUCUUUUUAACUCGAAAUGGGUUUAUAUUUCAUUGAUAUGAUUUGAAAAUGACAGCCUCAAUCAUGUUUUAUGAUGUUUAUAUUUCUUUUUCUUUCCAUCUCUCCCCUCCCCCCUACCGCCCCCCCUUCCGCCCCCCCUUCUUUUUCAGGCAUUGAUUGCCAUUAGAAGCCUUCUACAGCUGGAUUCGAGCGAAAUUCUGGUGGUUCUUGAUAUGUUCUGUGGGCUUGACAAAGCCCUUGAGAGGAUGAAGGAGCGGCUCAAGGAGUUGGCAGUGCUUGGUGAGGAAGGAGACUUCGCCAGAGACAUCGAGAGCCUCGGUGGAGAAAUCCGAACCAUUUUUAGGAGGAAGCUGGAAGCAGUGGAGCAGCCACUGGCACCUCAGUUCUGCUGA